AUGAAGGCGAUGAGAGUCUACGAUGCCGCUGCGGCUUUCGAGUCCGACCAACGAGUUUUCGAAGUUGGCGCUGCCCUGUGCGCACUGAUCCACCACCCCCCUCCCAACCUCCGUGCCUCGUCACCCAGAGGCAGAUGGGAAGUCCUUUCGGCUGGUGGUAUGGUGGUCGAGCAGUUGGAGCGCAACUAUGGGGAGGAGGACGCUGCAGCUGUGACUAUCACCUUCCGCCACUUCCCGGCGAACUCGCGCUGGUACAGGCUGCGGGUCGUCGUGGGCGACGGCGUCGUUCGAAGAUGCGCAAUUGGCGGAUACCACGGAGGCAUCCGCGCUGUGACCCCAGAGGAAGACAAGCAAUGGAAGCUCUUCUUCCCCAGCGAGACGAUCAUGUUUUGA